GGUACGCUAAACACCGCAAUUUUUAUAAAAUUACGACCACAAAAAGCUGUAAAAAUAUGGAAACUUUUCAUAUAUCAAGCUUCCUAACCAUAGCGCUGUAUGGCGUACAAGGGACCCCCUUCGGUCUAUCGGAUCAUCCUACCAGGCACGGUGUUGGUGUCCCGUGGCAUGUCCACAUCCUCGUGAAAAAUAACGACAUUGUGAGCAUGACUUACCCGGGAGUUCUUAUCUCGCCCAGCAUGGCAAUUACCCGAGCACGUGAAUCAAUACAUGAAGGAGGCAACAAGUUCCACAUAUUUCCCUAUAAUCGGUACCAUGCCACGGUAGGGACCUCCAAUCUGGGCGAUCCCUUCACACCAGACGAUGACAACGAAAACGGCAUUAUCCCGAUCAAUAUCACACAUAUCCGUAUUCACCCCAACUUUGACGGUGAGGAUGACCAAAAUGAGAACAACUUUGCCCUAAUUCACUUCUCCAAACCUGUCACGUUAUCAAGUCGAGUCGAACCGCUUUGCCUCCCCGACCAUCUGGAGCUUGAUGAAGAGGAUGAUCUCGUUGUCACGGGAUUCACAGAUUUGGUAGACAAUCCGUUUCUAAAUUUAACCACGCUCUCAUCCUCCAGAUGUGACGAACUGUGGGUUCAAUACUUUAACGAGAGUAACACCACAUCGGCAGGAAAGGACGUGUGGUGUGCCGCAAUUGACAGAAACAGUCAAACCUGUAUUCUUGGCGAUGUUGCAGCAGCACGACGUAUCAAUGGAUCUUUUUAUUUAAACGGCCUAAUCAAACAUUUUUACAGUAGGAUCCCAAUACCUUACUGCUUCGGGAUUCUGUUCUACUUUGACCCCAUAUCCAGCCAGACUUUGGAAUGGAUCGAGAACAAUCGACGAUGUGGACCUGCCCAAUUUACCUGCAGAAAUGGAGAUUGUUUCCCAUUAUCUGCGAUUUGUCGCGAAAAACCCGCCUGUCUCGACUGGUCGGAAUAUUUGAUAUUGAACUCGGAUUAUUGCGACCGCUUAAAUUACUGUGAGGAAGGGUCCUUUCCUUGCGGUGAGAACGGAGAAUGCAUUCCUGGUGUGGAAGACUGCAGGGUGGUCGACCCCAGUGGGAAUGGAUUAACGGUUUACACUUCUGUUGGCAUUGUAUCCUCCAUCGCGGUUCUUGGCAUUUGCGGAAUUUUAAUUUUGUGGAGGAGACAUGUCCUGAAGUUAAGGAGUGAAACAAGAGACCUUAAUAAACAAGAAGUACGAGAUUUUAUAAGUGGAGUAACACCAGUUCCAGAAACUGCUGUGAAACCUCGUCUCGGAAGUGUUAGCAAGUAUGUCGUCAGCCAGAUUGAAACACUUCCUUGGCUCGAAGAAUUUGACAUUUUGAUGAAGCAGUUGCAGAUUGAAGAUGAAAUUAAUCGUGGUUCUUUCGGAAUCGUAUACGCUGGCUGGCUCCACAGGGACGAUGGAAAUAUAAAGGUUGCCAUCAAAACGCACAUUGGAAACCUGGUCACAGAAUUUAAAGCUUUGCUGUGCGAGGUAAAAAUAUUGGCGUAUCUGGGACAUCACGAAAAUAUUUUAAAAUUUUAUGGAGCCUGUACUGAGAGAAUUAAGAAACGGGAGGUUUACAUGGUAAUGGAAAUUUGUGAGAACGGGAAUCUUCGUGAUUUUCUGGCGUCAAAUGCUGAAUAUUAUACUGAUACCGAAACCAGUGAUGAGGGUGAUGUCUGGAAUUCAGAUGCAAUCAAGGGGUACACGCUGAGCGAUUCUCAAUUCGGGGUUGUCAACAGGAACCAACUCCUUCUCUGGGCGAGACAAAUUGCCGGUGGGAUGGAGUAUUUAACUACGAAGAGCAACAUUGUACAUAACGACUUGGCUGCGCGGAAUAUUCUCCUGGAUUCCAAUCUCGAUGCAAAGAUAAGCGAUUUUGGAUUUUCUCGCAAACUUGAUGAUGGUGGAAUAUACCUGAAAUCGACUAAUGAACCCAUUCCAUGGAAGUGGCGUUCACCAGAAACUUUCACGUCUAAAACAUUUUCGCAAAGUUCGGACGUAUGGGCGUUCGGGAUCCUGCUCUGGGAACUGUUCAGCCUAGGUGAUGAACCAUAUGAAGACAGAGAAUGGAAUGACGGUUUUCUUAACGACCUGGUUGGCGGAAUCAGGUUACCACAGCCGGUUCUCGCUUCUGAGAUAAUAUACGAGAUUAUGCUUUCUUGUUGGAACUUGGACCCUAAUGAGCGACCAGAAUUUUCCGCUAUUAAAGUUAAUCCCAACUUAUUUCAGUAAUAGUAUAAAGUAAAGUACCAUAAUUAUAGUAGUUGACACAAUUAUUUAUUUGACAACCCAAAAAUGUGAACGUCAGCCGACAAGUAAGUAUUUAAUUUGUAUUGGAAUAAGGCUUAAAUAACACUUGAAAAUUAUUUAUUGUUUAAACAUGUAAGUUCUAAUCAGUAUUUAUUAUUUAGAGAAUCUUCAAUUUACGGUUUUGCUAAUAUUUGAAUAAUUUGUCAUUGCUAGGUUUGUCAUAAUGUCGGCAAGAAUUCGGCUUUGCCUAAAAUUGUAGGAGCUAAGACUCAAGAAACUUAUUCAUUAGCUAUAUUUGCCAGUAUUAAUGCAAUUAAUUAAUUAGUAUCUAUGUAUGUAUGUUUGUCACCUGUACUUCGAUAUGUAUUAAGCGGAAUUGAGCUAUGUAUAAUUCUUUAUUAAAACCCUCGUCUUUGGAAUUUCAUUACUACUGAAAAAUUCUAAAAAACUCAAGAACUUUUGAGUUAGGACUAGAGGUGAUCUGGAUCGUCAUUUCUUGAGAUCCAAUCCUUCCAAAUCCAUUUCACCCAAAAAAUUUCAGAUCCGUUCCAUCCAAAUCCAGUUGGAUUGGAUCGGGCCAUGCAUUAUCCAAAAAAUGGAUAUCCAGCUCACCUCUGGUUAGGACUAAUUAUGAAAAACUAGACUUAAGCUACGUACAUAAGCAGCGUUUCAUGCGAGGCAAAUAACGUAAUACGUAUCACCCUUAACUUUACAGUAUUAAAAAUAAUGGUGAACAUUUGAGUAGCAAAUGAUCUUAACGUUCUAUAAAAUAAUCUACACAACAUAAACAGUACUGAUAAAGAUUAAAACUUACU